CUCUCUGCUUAUAAGGUAUAUAUGCUUAUGCUUGUGGCAGAGCUAUACAAGUGUGAUAUUUGGUUUACUCCUAACCUCACUUUUUUGACAGUUAUCGAGAUGGUCGUUUGAUUCCCGUAGUCGCACAAUACCUGCACUAAUUAUUUUCAAAUUUUCGACUCAGCAAAGUAUCUUUAUACGCACUAAACGUUCAAAACAAGUGUCAAACAAUAUAUAAUGAACUCUUUGGGAUUAAGCUGCUUACGUAACCUAAGAAGAAAAACAAAACAAGCCGAGAUUUUACGAAAGUUUGUGGUUCGCCAAAACCAUAACAAAGGAUCGCUCCUAACUUAUGGUGAAGAUGUUGCAGAUGCAAAAGAGAAAGGUUUACCAAUUGUUGCAUUGGAAUCAACAAUUAUUACUCAUGGUAUGCCAUAUCCUGAUAACUUAACCACAGCCCUUGAAGUAGAAGAUAUAAUAAGACGAAAGGGUGCAGUUCCAGCGACAAUAGCAGUUUUGGAUGGUAAAAUAAAGGUUGGGGCAAAUCAAAAGGAAAUUGAAAGACUUGCUAAAAGUAAGGGCAAAAAUGUUAUUAAAGUCUCCAGAAGGGACUUAUCGUAUGCUAUAUCACAAAGAUUAAGUGGUGGAACUACAGUCAGCGGUACAAUGCUAGUGGCCAAUAAAGCUGGAAUUCCAAUUAUGGCAACUGGAGGUAUUGGCGGCGUUCAUCGUCAAGUAGAACUGAGUAUGGACAUAAGUGCUGAUUUGAAAGAGCUUGGGCAAACACCUGUGGCUGUUGUAUGUUCUGGAGUUAAAGCCAUUCUUGACAUUCCCAAGACUUUGGAAUACUUGGAGAGCGAGGGAGUGCCGGUGGCAACGUUGGGACCGUCGGACACGUUUCCCGCGUUCUACAGUCGGCAAACUUUCGACGCUUUGCAGUCCCCCCUGAGGCUCCCGGACGUCGAGUCUGCCAGCCGACUGAUCUUCGCGCAAACAAGCCUGGCACUCGGUACAGGCGUUCUUCUAGCCGUGCCCAUACCCGAGCCCUACGCCCUCGAUCCUCAAGAGAUUGAGACAGCCAUAAAGCAGGCUCUAGAAGCGGCCGUUCGCAAAAAUAUCAGCGGCAAGAGCGUUACACCCUUCCUCCUCGGGGAGCUCUCCAGACUCACCGCAGGCCGCUCACUCCAAACCAACAAGGCCCUCAUUAAAAAUAAUGCUGGGGUUGCGGCUGAAAUAGCGCUACAUCUCGUCGACCUACCAGGCAAUGUUUCCGCACGGGUAGACGGCUGCCAGGAAGUCUUGAAUGAGAAAAAGACGAAUCCCGUGGUGAUUGGUGGAGCGACUUUCGACACGAUCCUGCGAGUGAAGGAGCCGGAAAUUAAAAUGAAUGGAAGUACUCACAAGGGUGAAAGUCGUCGAAGUUGCGGCGGAGUCGGUCGGAAUUUGACAGCUGCUCUUGUGAAUCUUGGAAUUACUGAUACUAAACUAUUGAGUGUCAUCGGAGAUGAUGAAGCUGGAAGAGCGGUGAUCAGCAGUCUUGGAAAAGCAGCAUCAGCUCUACGCACUGCGACUGAUGUCGGCACGGCCAGAUACACAGCUGUUGUUGACAAGGAUGGAAAUUGCUGUUUUGGCAUUGGUGAAAUGGAAGCAUUUUCGAAAAUCAAUAGCAGACUUAUCGAAGAGAAUGCAGAUAUUUUCAAAGACGCGCCUCUUUUGGUAAUUGAUGGAAAUUCUUCCUUGGAUGCAAUAAAGCUCGCCUUGGAUAUUUCUUCUCGAAAUCAAAUACCAGUUUGGUACGAGCCUACAGAUUUACAAAAGGCAUUAAAAAUAUUCCAGUGUGGUUCACCGUGGAAAAAUGUAUUGCAUUUUGUAUCACCCAAUGUAAAUGAACUCCUGGCUAUGGCUAAAUAUUUUGAUGUACCAACACCCUCAGAUGAGUCCAAGAUUGAUAUUGAAACUGUUAAAAACAUCACAGAAGAGUUAAACAAAUGGAUACCAGUCAUCAUAGCUACAUUGGGUGCCCAAGGAGUACUGAUAACUCGAAAAUGUUCAACAAAUAAACCAUUCUUGAAUAAAAGUAAUAAUCCGAUUGAAGAUGGGAAAACUGAAUCACGUUUAUAUUCUCCACUAAGUUAUGAUGGCGAAAUAGUAAGUGUGAGUGGCUGUGGAGAUUGUUUAGCUGCUGGAAUAAUCACUGGAAUUUUAAGAGGAUGGAAAGAAUCUAGUUGCGUAUCUCUAGGUCUACACGCUGCAAAAGAAUCGCUUACUUCAUUUGAAACAGUUCCAAGCACACUCAAAACACUGCCUGUGAUACAAAAUUUUUAUGAUUUUUAAUUUUGUAAGUACUCAUAUUUUAUGUUUGAUCUACUACAUAGUGAUAUACUUUUUUUAUUUUUUACAAUUGUUGACUUUUAUACAAAAAUAGUUAUAAAUAAGUUAAAAAAAACACUUUUUUAAUGAAAUUUGUACACUUUUGUGAAAUGGUAUUUACUGAAUAUCAUGGCCAAAACAAUUCUGAGACUAAUAAAUCAACUUCGACUUA